AUGCUAUUUAUAGGUAGACGUAACGUCAUACCUGCAACGUGCCCUGCCCCCUACGCACCCUUCUUUCUCGGCGCACCAGACUUCUCCCCAGCAUGAGUGUGUUAAACCAGGACACUAACACGCAGAAGAGCACGCCGCCAGUGUUCCCCGAGCUCCGCGACAAGCUCGUGGCCUCGCACAGACCCCCGAGGAGCGAGGACUUCCUCGGAGGAUUGGGAGUCAUCCUGCACGACUCACUCACUCCAGACGAGUGUCGCGCGGUGGUGGACGCCACGGAGAAGGUCGGCUACGAGGGAGCAAAGAACUACUGCUUCAUGUACAACAACAGAUGGAAUGAUCGGUUCAUGGCCGACGACGCGCAACUGGCAGAGUUUCUCUGGGAACGAGUCAAGGAGUUCACUCCGAAGAGAGUGGAGGCGUUCGAGCGAACCUGGGAGGUGGACGGACUCAACUCGAGGUUUCGGUUCUGCAAGUACCUAGGCGGGGAGGGGCACUACUUUGGCCCCCACACAGACGGGAUGUACACCGCAGAUCUGGAUCAUCGCAGUCUCUUCACCUGCAUGUUCUAUCUCAACGGCGGCCCAGAUUUCAAGGGAGGACUCACCAACUUCAUUGACCACAAGACGCGUAAAGUGAACCACUCCAUAGUUCCAGCCCCGGGGCUCUGCGUCAUAUUUCGGCAGGUGGACCUUCGAACCUACCACGAGGGAACCCAAGUCACCAGUGGGCUCAAGUACAUCAUGAGAACUGACGUCAUGUACCAUGCAGUCAGCUAGCUAUAUAACUGCCAAUUUUAACCCAUCCUUUUUAUGAUUUGUGUUGUACUCUAUUCCAUUAUGCCUGUAUGACUACAUAGUGACACAAGGUAAC